AAUCUGUGGUUGGCCUCUCUCCGUGUCAUUUGUGGUGCUUGUGUGUGGCACAUGUAUUUUUUAGGAAUAUCUCCUUCAUAGCAGGAUACUAAUUGAAUUUAAAGGAACACACAAAAUAAACAACAUUCAAGAUGCAAGGGCCUGCAGUUUUUAUGGAUAUAUCUCUAGAAGAUCAAGCACUAGAACUGAGGAAAUACUUCAAAAGUCUCGGUGCUGAGAUAGCGGAGGAGAAGUCGCCGAAAGGAAUAGAGGACGACCUGCAUAAAAUUGUGGGAGUUUGUGAUGUUUGUUUCAAGGAGCCAAAUGAAUCGGAAAUUGAAGCUAUCCUGAACAGUAUUGUCUCCAUCAUGGUGUCUAUCCCACUAGAAAGAGGAGAAAAUUUGAUUCUGGCUUUCAGUCAGAGGCUCACAAAAGCACCUGGGCCCAAACUUGGCAUGGUUGUGCUGCAAGCUUUAUGGCGUUUGUACAACAACUUGGAAGCUAAUUCCCCUCUGAGGUAUCAUGUAUACUACCAUGUGAUUGAGCUGGCAGCUCGCGUCGGCUAUGUGCGUGAGGUGUUCACCAGUGUUGAGCAGCUCAAGAAGGAGUUCUCUGGCUGCCCACCCACUAAUGAACAAAUGCAGAAACUCUACAGGCUUCUACAUCAAGUUUUAAAAGAUCAGAACAGUGAAUUGGCAUCAAAAGUGAUGAUUGAACUCCUGGGCACAUACACUGAUGAGAAUGCGUCAUACGCCAGAGAGGAUGCCAUUAAAUGCAUCUCCACUGCUCUGGCCGAUCCCACUACAUUCCUAUUGGAUCCCCUGUUAUCUCUCAAGCCUGUAAGAUUCCUCGAAGGAGAACUUAUUCAUGACCUCCUUACGAUUUUCGUAUCAGAGAAGUUGUCCAGCUAUCAGACAUUCUACCAGAAUCAUAAAGAAUUUGUGCAUUCCCAAGGUCUAGAUCAUGAACAGAAUGUCAAGAAAAUGAGGAUAUUGUCUUUCAUGCAAAUGGCUGAGGUCAACCCUGAACUAACUUAUGAUGAGAUUAUAUCAGAACUGCAAAUUGAAGAGAAGGAUGUUGAAGCUUUCAUCAUUGAAGUCCUGAAGACCCGUUUAGUCCGUGCUCGCAUGGACCAAAACGAGCGUAUAGUUCGCGUUUCGAGCACAAUGCACCGCACUUUCGGCCGCGCGCAGUGGCAGCAACUACGCGACGUGCUGGUCGCGUGGCGCGGCAACGUACACUCGGCGCAUGAAGCUAUGAAGUCAGUCGCCGCUGCACAGAUUGAGUACGCCACGCAAAACCAGAAGGCGUAAUUUAGAACAGAUUGUUUAAAUUCCAACUGUGUGGUGCCUACUUUUGCUUCUCUAUAUAUAUAUAAGAAAUCUUAUAUCUAUGUUGGUUUUACCCAGUUACGAUAUUCUGUUUUAAGAACAUUGACAGAUAGAGCAAUUGUAGGCAUCUUCAUACUAUUUUUUUUCCGAUUCGGUAAAUAAAUGCAAUCCAAUAGUAAUUAAAGAUCUACUCAAUUUGGAACUGUCUUUACAUCUUCAGUGUGGUUACAGUUUAUGUAAACAUCUGCUGUUUGUAGCCAUUUUGUAUUAAUAAACAACUUAAAAUUCCAA